AUGGAGUCUGAGCUGGCGCCCAAGUUUGCUCCCUUCAUAGGGAUGACUGGUAUUGCUGCAGCCAUGAUCUUCGGAUCUAUUGGUGCUGCGUACGGCACCGUAAAAUCUGGUAUUGGCAUCGCUAGUGUUGCAGCUUUUCGGCCAGAUCUUAUCAUCAGGUGUCUGAUUCCCGUUGUUAUGUCUGGUAUCAUUGCCGUUUACUCUCUCGUCAUAGCGGUUCUCAUCGCUGAGGAUAUUCGACCUCCUGCCGCAAACAAUGAAGCCUAUACUUUAUUCGCCAGCUUUAUGCAUUUUACGUGCGGCCUGGUGGUUGGCUUGACCGGCCUGGCUGCGGGCUAUUGCAUCGGAAUCGUGGGCGAUAACGGCGUCCGCGCAUACAUGAAGCAAUCGAGAGUCUACAUUGGCAUGAUUCUCAUUCUGAUUUUUGGAGAAGUCCUUGGUCUAUACGGGUAUGCAAACUGCGGCUAG